AUGGAUGCCAUCAAGCAGAAAAUGUCCGCCCUCCGCAAGGAGGCGGAUGAGUCUGCCGCCCAGGUCGAGGAGCUGAAAUCUCGUGUCAAGGUGCUCGAGCAAGAGAACCUGGGGAAGGAGCAGGAAAUCACAUCUUUGACCCAUCGGAACCAAGUCCUGGAGUCCGAAGUGGAGAAGUUGGAGACCGCCAUCAAGGAUGCGAAGAUGGUUGCCGACCAAGGUGCCCAGCAUGGCUCGCAGAACGAGUCGCUCCAACGCAAACUACAACUGCUCGAAGAAGAGGCCGAGGAAGCGGACCGGACGGUGCGAGAAACAAACGAGAAGCUUCGACAGACCGACGUUAAAGCCGGUCACUACGAACGCAAGGUGCAAGCGCUUGAAUCCGAGAAGGACCAGUGGGAGAAGAAGUUUGAGGAGAUGGCCCAGAAAUACACCGAGACCAAGAAAGAACUGGAUGAAUUCGCUCAGCAAUUGAACGACAUCUGA